GGACAAAUAGACAUUCCAUUUCCAGUGAUUUCUAGGCUUUACAUAUCUUCUAUUUCACACAUACAAGGAUAAUUUGGGAACAAACAAUUAAAUUAAGAUUUUCGUCAUAUCAUAGAAGCAUAAAAUUUACAAUUAUAAUAUUCGUCUAAUUUAUUCGAUCACGAAAACGGAAAAACAAUCUGAGUUCCAGAAAAAAAUAUUUUUGUCAUCCUUAAAAUAUAUUACAAAAGUAAAAGGAAAUUAAAAAUACAUUGACAUUUAGGUAUUUAAAAUGUCUGCACCAGAAGUUACGGUGACCGACGGUAAAUUGAGGGGAAAAGUUUGUCAAAGUUUAAAUGGAGUAAAGUUUUAUACAUAUAAGGGAAUACCUUACGCUAAACCACCUGUAGGCGAGUUAAGGUUUUGUAUUCCCGAACCACCAGAGCCUUGGGAAGGUGUGAAAGAUGCAACAAAGGACUGUAACAUUUGUGCACAAUAUGAUAGGGCCACUGGAACAGUUAUUGGUGAUGAAGAUUGUCUUUACUUGAAUGUGUACACACCGCAUCUUCCUGAGGAAGGUCCCAAGCUCCCAGUGAUGGUGUUCAUACACGGAGGUGGAUUUCUAUUUGGUAAUGGUACUGAUGAUUCAUUACAUGGUCCAGACUAUUUGAUUGAAAAAGAAGUUGUUGUAGUCAGUUUGAAUUAUAGAUUAGGCAUACUGGGAUUCUUAUCCUUGGGCCAAAAAUGUGCUAGUGGUAAUAUGGGCUUAAAAGAUCAGGUAUUAGCACUUAAAUGGGUACAAAAUAAUAUAGCUCAGUUUGGUGGUGAUCCAAAAAAUGUGACUAUAUUUGGAGUAAGUGCUGGUGGAGCAUCUGUUGAAUAUCUGCUUUUGUCUCCUACAACCAAGGGUUUAUUCCACAAAGCUAUUGCCCAAUCUGGUUCAACUCUUCUGCCCUGGGCACAAAAUAAUGCAAUUGAAAAAUUGGCCUACAAAAUACCAAUGAUUAAGAAGAUGUUUCCACAAAACAAUGAUGAUUUGUUGAAAUGUUUAAAGGAAAUGCCCAUAAAAGAAUUAAUACAAUCUUCUAUGAUCGCUCUUGCAAUGGGUAGUCACCGUGGAGGAAUUACCUUUGGCUUUGUACCCACUAUAGAAAAAUCCGAAGACUGGGAACAGUUUGUAAAUAAAUCCACUUAUGAUAUGUUAUCCAAUAGUGAGUUUGCUAAAGUCCCCUUUAUGAGUGGAUUCUGUACACGUGAAGGACUUGUAAUGAUUCCAUUUAAUCCUCAGAAAAUAGAAAAUAUAUCAAAUACUAAAUCAUUUGUAUCGGAACUGCCUUUCAACUUUGAUAGUAUGGAGCAGGAUGAGGUUGAUAAGAAGCUAAAGCAAGUAUAUUUAGAAGAUGAAAAAACACACAAAGAUGUUGAUUAUUAUGCUAUAGAUUUUUUAACUGAUGUAGAUUUUCUUGGGGGUGUGUAUGUUGCGACUUCAUUGAUUGCUAAGAAUAAUUCCCCUGUGUAUUUCUAUGAGUUUUCCUACGAUGGUAAUUUGAAUUACUUUAAGAAGACUAGAAACAUUGAUAGAGAAGGAGCUUGUCAUGGCGAUGAUGGUGGUUAUUUGAUUAAAUGUGAUAUUUUUAAGGAAGAUGAAAUUACUGAAACUGAUAAAUUGGUACGCAAUAGAAUGUGCACUAUGUGGACGAAUUUCGCUAAAUUCGGCGAUCCAACACCAAAAGUGGAUGACAUUAUCACUAUGAAGUGGGAACCUGUUACUGAUAAAAUGAAUUACUUAUUCAUUGAUGAUAAACUGACUAUGAAAGAGAAUCCUUACCCGAAAAGAACUAAAUUAUAUGAAGAAUUAUACAAGAAGUACUAUUAAUAAGUACCUAAUUUAUAAUUUUGUACUCAAAAUUCUAUGUGGAUGAAAUUAAUAUAUGGAUAGAAAUUAUACACAUGUUAUGUUCAUAGUUACUGUGUACAUCAUUUUUUUAUGAAAAAUUUAAAUAUAAUAAAGAUAUGUUUAUGAAAUGUUUA